CCGAGGCCAUGGAGACCGUAGAGAUCACGCCCAAAAGCUACCCCUCUAACCUAAUUGAUAAGGACUGGAGCAAGCGCAAAUUGUAUUUCAAGAGUCCAGCUAAGGAUUUCCCAGACUUAGUUCAUGAUAUGGAGGUGCGGUCAGACGAUGUUUGGAUUGUAACUUUUCCGAAAUGCGGCACCACUUGGAUGCAAGAACUGCUUUGGCUGCUCAUAAACGAUUGCAAUUUUGAGGCGGCACUAUCUGAGCACUUGGAGGUGCGUUCACCGUUCUUAGAAUUCGAUUUCUUUAUUAACGCUGAUUCGGAGCGCGCCCUCAAGCCAGUGACGGAAUUACAAUCACCUCGUCUUAUCAAAUCGCAUUUAUCGCUUGCCCUCCUACCCGCACAGCUGUGGACAAAGAAACCCAAGCUGGUUUAUGUAUUUCGCAACCCGAAAGACGCUUGGGUUUCAUCCUACUACCAUGGAGUUAAUAGUGGCUUCAAUUAUGGGAAAACUCUAGACCAGUUUCUGAAUGAGUACCUUGAAGAAAAAGUUCAGAAACAAGCACCUAUUGCUCAUGCAAGCGAGUUUUAUCAGCUGCGGAAUGAGCCAUGGGUUUACUACACUAGUUUCGAGCGGAUGAAGAGCAAUUUGCGAAGCGUAAUCGAAGACCUAUGUCAAUUCCUGAACAAAACAAUAACAGAAGAGCAAAUGCAACGAAUGCUUAAACACCUUUCUUUUGAGGAAAUGAAAAAUAAUCCCAAGACUAAUCAUCUAUGGGAGCAAGCUCAAAUAAAACACAAAGAUAAAGAUAAGGAAAAGCACAAUUUUGUCCGCCGAGGCAAAGUUAAUGGAUAUAAAGACGAGCUAACCCCUGAACUGAUUGAAAAGGCUGAUUGUUGUUUAAAUGCACAAUUAGAUGAACAUGGAAUCACCUUGGAUGAACAUUUAUUACUAUCCGCUGUGGAGGUCUCCACCUUCCUGGCAUUAUCCUCCUUGGAGGAAGGUCCAGUCUGUGUAAUCUGCACCAAGCGCUCAGUCGAGGGUGGUGGCAGUUUUUUCAUGGGCGCCGUUAUAGUUAGCAGACCAUCAGAAGAGAGCGAUGACGUCACUGUGUCGGGAUUAACGUCACCUUCGCUGUCUAUGACGUCACGCCAUCAAGCGACGCUGUUGCUUUUCCUGUGCCUGCUGCUGCCAGAGAUGCAGAUGCAACCAUCAGUCGAGGCGCGUCUCACCAAACGUAGCUACUCAGACCAAAGUGUUCACGGCUACAUGACCGAGCGCACCUGCUGGUGGAACGAGGCGUGCAAGGAGGAAUUCCAGAGCCUCUUUCGCUGCAAAUGCCCACAGUUCUCGUAUUGCCGCUCGCCGGGGCGCUAUUAUAAUGCCUACUGCUCCAUGACGGACACCGGCUAUAUUUGGACGCAGCCAAACUGGGAUUGGGGCCCAUAAGUUCGUGGCCGUGACGUCAAACAAAGCACCCACAGCACACACACACUCACACAUCUUUAGACCCAAACCAAGCCAAAGUGACGCGCAUGCAACACUGACUGCUGAAAUUAUGCUUCCGUUUCCCAAGUGGCCUCACAUCGAUUCAGAAAUAUUCGUAAACGUAACAAUGUUGAAAUUCUAAAUCUAUUGGACUUAUACCUGUGCUUUCUAUCUAGUUUAUGUAGAUUGUUAUAGCUUGUCAUGCUUAUUCAAAUAAACUUGACUUCAAUCAGA